CUGAAGUGGCGGAAAACUUGGUCAACAAGCCGCCGUUGAGCCGCUCUCAACCGGGACUUCUUCCUCACUUCGAUCGGAGGAUUAUCGAUUCAUCGUCUCAUAACUCGGUCGGCCGGUGGACGGAGCUCCGAGAUGCCGCUUCUCCACAGACGAGCCUUCAUCCGACAGAAGCCUCCGGCGGACCUGCGGCCGGACGAGGAAGUUUUCCUCUGUAAAAUCACCCACGAGAUCUUCCGGACCUACGAUGAGUUCUUUGAGAGGACCAUCCUUUGUAACAGCCUGGUGUGGAGCUGUGCUCUGACGGGCCGUGCAGGCCUCACCUACCUGGAGGCGGUGGAGAGUGAGCGACGUGCGAAACAGAGCCUGCGCAAUUUCCCGCCGCCGCUGCUGCUCCCUCUGCUGCACCUCGCCGCUCUGAGCCGCCGCGGCCGCCUGUCGGAACUCUGUGAGGAUAUCUACGGAUUUGUCAAAGACCGCUUCUUUCCCGGCGAGACAGUGGAUGUUUGCGGACGUGGCGGAGCCAGAAUGGUGUGUGAGGUCCUGCAGGUUCACUCUCCUCACUCCAGUGCUAAUGGAGCUCCAUCUGCCAACGGGCACGUGAAGCCAAGUGAUAGUGAAACUAUUGUGAUCAGUGACAGCGAUGACGAGAACGACUUCCAGAGUCCUGCUCAGGUCAACGGGAGGAAGAAGCCUCUGAAUCCGUCCGUCUUUAAAUACACGGUGAGAAUGAUGGACAAGCACAGUGAGCCCUUCACUGUCAGAGCCAAUCAGAUCAGUCGCAGGAAAAGCACUCUGUCCAGAGAGCGGCUGAAGCUGCUCUUGAAGCAGCACUGCGAGCACAACGGUGGCGCCAUCAGGCUGAAGCCGUCCACCGUGAUGAAGCACCGCCUCGUCGAACAAAGCUUCUCCCAGUUCUUCCCCGACGAGCCGCCCCUCUUCCCCUUCAGCCCACUGUCUAAAGGAGGGGGGCGGGGCUCGCCUGCUCAGGCCAGUUCGUCCCUGCUGAAGGCAGCCGAGGAGAAGCUGAAGCUGCUGCAGCAGCGGGAGGAGAUGGCAGCCUCCGCUCACGACCGCGCUCGCUUGAAGAGGGAGAAGGAGGAGCUGCAGGAGGCCAAGAGGAGGGAGCGCGAGGACCGGGAGAAGCUGAAGGAGGAGCACAGGAAGAGGUUCGAAGAGGAGAGGCUGCGGCGGAGGGAGGAGAAGGAGCGUCAGAAGCUGGAGAAAGAGAAAGAGCGGGAGAAACUGAAGGAGGAAAAGAAAAAAUACGCUGAGAGACUGAAGCUGUGGAACAAACCCAGAGAGGACAUGGAGUGUGAGGACCUGAAGGACCUGCCCUCCCCUGUUCCUGUGAGAACCCGUCUUCCAGCCGAGCUGUUCGGAGACGCCCUCAUGGUGCUGGAGUUCCUGCGAGGCUUCGGCGAGGCUUUCGACCUUAAGGACGAGUUCCCCGAUGGCAUUUCUCUUGAGGUUCUGGAGGAGGCCCUGGUGGGCUCUGAUCCCGAGGGUCCGCUGUGCGAGCUGCUCUUCUUCUUCCUGUCGGCCAUCUUUCAGGCUCUGGAUGAGGAGCAGGAGGAGGUGUCUGUGGACCAGGCUGAAGACCUGUCGGAGGCUCUUGAUGAGGAUGACGCCCCCCGCUGGGCUCUGAGCGCCGUGUCGUCUCUGGCGGCCGCCUGGCCUCAGCUCCAUCAGGGCCGCGGGCUGAAGCAGCUGGACCUGGACAGCUGCACGCUGUCCGAGAUCCUGCGCCUGCACAUCAUGGCGUCGGGCGCCGACUGUAACCACGGCAACGCCAAGCUGCGCUACCAGAAGCAGGGCGGCUUCACGGUGAUGGACGAUCCAUGUGUCGAGCUGCGCCUGGCCGAACCGGCGCUGCUGAAGAGGCUGUCGUGCACUGCGGUGUACGACCUGACGCCAGCCGAGAAGCUGAGGAUCCUGCAGGCUCUGGUGGGGAAGCUCCUGACGCUGUCGUCCAGCAGAGAUCUGAUCGAAGACUGUGUGGAAGAGCAGCGAGGAGCCCGACAGGAGCUGAGGGAGAUCAGAGCGGAGCAGCACCGCAGGGAGAGAGAGGAGGCUGCACGCAGGGUUCGUCUUCGUAAGGAGGAGAAGCUCCGUGAGCAGAUGCGGAGGAUGAAGGAGCAGGAGGACAAACUGAAGGACCAGGAGAUGCUCCAAACUGACAGGGAGACAGCAGCUCUUCGUGGCACUGAGGAAGAGGAGCAGCAGGACUCUCCGCCCAGCAGCAGCUCAGUCAAAGCAAAACUCCCGAAGGAUCAAAAUGAGCAGGCAGAGGAUAAAUCAAUCUGCAGCUUGAAUGAGGAGGAGAAGGUUCGGGAGCUGCAGGAGAGGAUCCAGAAGGCAGCAGCCUGCACCUGCCUGCUGCCGCUGGGCAGAGACCGCCUGUACCGCCGCUACUGGCUCCUCCCCUCGGCCUCCGCACUCUUUGUAGAGGAAGACUGCUUCGGCCUCACGGAGGACAUGCUGCAGCCACACCCGAAACCCGCUACGGACGCCUCUGGCGCCAACAUGGAGGACGAGAAGGAGGAGCCCGCCAUGGGAAGCGCUGGUCCCAGCCCCGCCCCCUCCCACACCUGCAGCCCACCCGUCAAUCGUCCCAACCAGUGGUCGUUCUACAGCUCGGUGGAGGAGGUGGAUCAGCUGAUCGAGGCACUGAACCCCCGAGGUCACCGAGAGAGUGCCCUAAAGGAGGCGCUGCUGCAGGAGAGGGAGCGAUUGCAGCAGCUGCUGCAGCACUGCGACCGCAGCAAGUACACACGUACAGAUGACCCAGAGUCAUCUCGAUCCAUCCCAGAAUGCACUGCUGCCGCCGAGUCUCUGAUGGAGGUGAGACUGAGGGACCUGUUACUGGACAUUGAGGACCGCAUCCACCAGGGAACUCUGGGAACCCUGAAGGCAAUGGACCGGCAGCUGUGGCGCUCGGCGCUGGAAGCUGGAAACUACGAGGUGCUGGGUUCAGACAGCCGAGAGAGCACAGCAGUGAACGGACGGCUGGAGCCUAUGGAGGUGGAUCAGGCUCACCUGAGGCUCAGAGACAGGCUGCAAGAGCUCAGGUGUGACAGCUCGGUGACCAGCGGCAGCGGGACUCCUCAGGUUGUCAGCAGCUCAGUGCGAAUCCUGGCUCAGGCACUUGGUCACAUCGAGCAAGGCAUCGAGAGACGCUUCCUCAAAGCUCCGCUGGGUGACGACGACCCCAAGAAGGAACAGAAGAUGAAGAAGAGCAAGAAGAAAGAUGACGACCAGGCCAGCGAUGAUGGCAGUGACAGUGGCCGUGUCUUUAAGACGGUGUUGGAGCGAUGGAGGGAGUCUCUGCUUUCGUGUUCCAGCCUCUCUCAGGUGUUCGUGCACCUGUCCACUCUGGAGCGCAGCAUCGUCUGGGCUCGCUCCGUCCUCAACGCCCGCUGUCGCGUCUGCAGACGCAAAGGCGACGCUGACAACAUGCUGCUUUGCGACAGCUGUGACCGUGGACACCACACCCACUGCCUGAGGCCCCGCCUCAAGUCGGUUCCAGGAGGCAAGUGGUUCUGUCCAGACUGUCGACCCAAACAAAGAUCCAAACGCCUGCCGUCCCGUCAGCGCUCCUCUGUUGAUGAGGACGAGGCAGAGGAUGAUGAAGAGGAGGAGGAGGAGUCAGAAGAGGAGGAAGAGGAAGAGGAGGAGUCAGAAGAAGAGUCUGAGGAGGAACAAGAAGAGGUUGUUGUGAGCACCAAGAAGAGCCCAGCUCCGCCCCCUAAAGGCAAAAACCAGCAGAAUGCCACGCCCAAAGGCCAACAGACCACGCCCAAGAACAGCACGGCAUCUUCAGGGAGAAACUCUUCAGGAUCAAAAUCUUCAGGGAAAAAGGCCACGCCCCCUUCUUCAAAGGCAAACGUGACGUCGGGCAUCAAAGCUCCGCCUCGCUCCGGGGGUCGCAGCAGCACCCGUCUGAGCAACGAGAUCCUGGCCCCGCCCAGCAAGGACAAAACCUCCCCGGGUCAGAGCGAGCCUCGCAAGAGACCCAGAACAGAUGCUGCUCCUCCUAAGCCCAGCAGGCCUGUCCUGAGUCCCUCCCCGUCCUCCUCCUCCAGCCGGCGCUCAUCUGGGAGGAAUCAGGGAGUCCACGAACUGUCAGCAUGUGAGCAGCUGACGGUGGAGCUGGUGAGACAUGAGGACAGCUGGCCCUUCAUGAAGCUGGUUUCCAGGACUCAGGUACCCGACUAUUAUGACAUCAUCAAGAAGCCCAUCGCUCUGAGCACCAUCAGGGAGAAAGUCAACAACUGUGAUUAUCAGACAGCAGCCGAGUUUGUGUCUGACGUGGAGCUGAUGUUCUCAAACUGUCUUCAGUACAAUCCCCGUCACACCAACGAGGCGCGUGCCGGCCAGCGCCUGCAGCACUUCUUCCAAUCCCAGCUUGGCAGGCUUGGCCUAUCAGAGCGCGACUCUGCCCCGCCCGCAAAACGCUCACGGCCCUGAUUAAAAUGCAGACGUCCCCCCCCCCCGCCCUGUUGUCUGAUUGGAGCUGAUGAGAGCCAGGGCCCGUGGAGCUGCUGGACUUAGACGAGGUCAAAGAUCAUGUAGCAGAAGCUCAUAGAGUCCUGAAACGUAGGAGAUGCUUCCUGUCCAAGAGCGCUGCCCCUUUUCGUGUUGGACUUGUGAGGACGCAAACACAUUCCAGUAGAAACCAGCAGGAUCAAGCUGAAAACCACAGCACACUUCGCUCAGGGAAAUCAGAGCAGCUGCAAGCAUAGCCCGAGAGGGCCAAAACUCCACUUUGUCGAGGAAAUGCGAUGUUUCCAUUUACAUUACAUCCACAAAUCCACGAGUCAUUUUGUUUGAAACAGGAACGAGAAGUGAUUUAAUGACCUACAGAGCUGUUCAAAAAUUGCUGGCAGAUGUUUGUUUUCAGUGGAAAGUUCAGAAGUUAAGUCUUUCUCACUUUCAGACAUCAAAUUUCAAUUUCAUUCACACUAGAAAGUACUUUUGUUUGUGGUUAAUAAGUUUUGGGACUCUCAGGCUUCUGUCACUCAUCAAACUGUGAACCAUAUAGGGCAGCUCCUUCCCCUUCAUGUGACCACGCCUCCUUAUACUCAGGCCCCUCCCAUUAGACACAGGCCCCACCCCCUGAUGAAAGGCUUCUUUGAUGAGGGUUGUCUGAAUGAAUAUAUCCAAA